AUGUCUCGAAUCAUUAUAUACAACACAUCCAUCUUGACCUUGGACGAUGAAGACACCUUCUACUAUCCAGGAACCAUUGAGAUCCAAGGAGAUUGUAUCUCCAAGAUCUACAAAGGUCACCCCGACGCCGAAUUGCUGUCCGAUGCUUCCAUCCUCGUGUUGGACGGCACCGACAAGCUGGUCAUGCCAGGUCUCGUCGACCUCCAUUUCCAUACAUCCGUGGCAAAGGGGUUCGGAGAUGAACUUCCGCUAGGAGAAUACCUCGACCAAGUAUGGUACCCGGCGGUUCGGGCAUUGAACCAGGAGAGGACGUUGACGGCCGCGUUGUACUCGUACCAUACAGCGAUGAGAAGCGGAACGACCUGUGUCAACGAUAUGUACCGCUUCUCCGACUCUUUGGCGGAAGCUGCGAGCCGGAUUGGGAUUCGCGCGGUGAUCAGCAACGAGGUCGCGCUUCCCCAAUACAAGCUCGACUUGAUCGAAGACAACGAAAUCUCGUACAAUCGCCACCACGGCCGAGACGGCGGACGCAUCAAAGUGUGGAUGGGCCAUGAAUGGAUCUGCACCUCCGACGUCGGGUUGAUGGCUCAGGUCGGGGCCAUGAAGAAACGGUUGGACACCGGCCUGCACAUCCAUCUGGCCGAGUCCCGCGAGGAAGUCGACGAGACCCUGGCCAGGUAUGGCAAGACCCCCGUGCAAAUCGCCUACGAGACGGGCUGUCUGGGCCCGGACGUGGUCGCCGCCCACUGCGUUCAUUUGACCGACAACGACAUAGCCUUGCUGGCAAAGACGGGCACCUCGGUCUCGUACGACCCCGGCUCCAACGCCAAACUGGGCAAUGGCGUGCUGCGCCUCCAGGAUUUGAGAGCCGCGGGCGUCAAUGUCGGCAUGGGCAUCGACGCCUUUGAGUGUGAGAACAGUCCCGACAUGUUUGAGCUCAUGAAGUUCGGUUCGCUCAUCCAACGAGCCUUGCACCAGGACGCCUCGUUGGCCAAGCCGCACGACAUUCUGCGCAUGGCCACUCGAAACGGCGCAAAGGCCCUGGGUUUCGACGCCGGCGUCCUCCAGCCGGGAAAAAAGGCCGACGUGAUCGUGGUCGACCUGACCAAAGAUCUGAUGUUCAUUCCUCUGCUGAAAGACCCGCAGAGGCGCAAGACCAUGCUUGAAAGUCAUCUGGUCUACGGCUGUAAUGGUUCGGCCGUCCAGCACUCUAUCAUUGAUGGACACUUGGUCAUGCGAGAUUUCAAAGUCCUGGCUAUUGAUCAGGAGCAAUUAAGGAGGAGCAUGGAUAUUAUGUUUGAAACUCUCGCAGAGGAUAUGAAGAGCUUGGUCAUAGAUACUAGAGCCGAGCAGUCUAUAUCUUAG